GAAUUCAACAAUCACUUUGUUGAUAAAGAUGAAAUUAGCGCAUAGAAUACCUUCAAUAUUAUCAAGACUACAAUCAACCCACGCAAUUCCAAAGAUCGUACAACUCUACAAUGGAUCGUUAUCGGAUGUCUACAGAAAGUUGAAAGUCUUCUCUUUCGGUUCUUUAGGCGCUGCAGUAGCUAUUUCACCUAUCAUAGCUAUUUUAGAUGCUCCUAUAAAUACCGCUGGUAGAGUAUUCCUCAUAACUACAGCCCUUGGUACAAGUGUGACGUCCACAGCGAUGAUAAACUGGUGUGGUAAACCUUACGUAAGCUCAAUGAAAGUUCUAGUAAACCCUUCAAAUAGCAGACAAAGCGUCGAGUUAAUCACACAUUCACUCACCCUUAGAAAACUUAGAACUGUCGUUCAUGACACUCAAUGGUUGAGAAGAGCUGAUAGACCAUUGGCAAGCUGGGAAGUAUCUGAUGGUGAACUUACAAGCACCAUCGGUGAAGGACGUGAUCACGACGUUCGCGAAGUCAUAGCUGAGACAUUCGACGUUAAGUCUGAUAAGAAAAUUGGCGAAUGGUUCGUCAUUUGGAAGAGAUCAGGAGAUUCUUUAACAGCUGAAGUACAAAAAAGUGGUGCGGUCGAUAGAUAUUUCAAUGUCGAUGAAAAAUCAGUACCAAGCGUCAAAGUUCCAUAAAUUAGAAGAUCUUACAAUCGUGAAUUGAAAUAAUAAUAGUGUCUAACGGUAAUUACAAUAUGUAUCUUGCAAUGCUUAGUUAGUUACGUAUAGAUAAGCCCAAGCUUCUUAUGCUCACCUAUAGAGUGGAUGCUUGUCACCUAAAC